AUGAGCUCUGUACAAUUGGAAAAAAUAUCACCACAAAUCAAACGAUUUAUUAGUUUUGUCAACGGUCUCAAAAAGCCAACAAGUGAGCAGUUAGAGGAGUUCAACGAAAAGGCGACACAAUUUAUAAAGGAAUUGAACAAAAUUAAUGAGACAGUAAGACAAGUUAAACAGGACAAAGAUUCAGAAAAUCGAAACCCAAAACUGGAGUCAAUGAAAAGUCAACUCCUUAUCAAAAUCUCCACACUGACUGAUAAAUUAAGCAAACUAGACAAGAAAAUUGGAGUAAUUGAUGGUAGUUCUUUGUCGGCGAAUGAAAGCAUCCCUAGGCGAGAUCCAAAGUUUCAAGAUCAAGAAUCAACACUUCCAACAAGUGAUACUACAACAUAUACUUAA